GAGCUGAUCUCUGUCUGCUGCCUGAACCUGAUUGGUCGCCCCCGUGGAGAGAGAGAGAAAAAGGGGGAGGUAGAGGGACGAAAAGAAAAAAGAAAGGAGGGAGGAGUCGGAGCUUGUGAGCAUACUGACACAUCAGAGCGAGCAAAGAAAAGGUUGGAAGAGCAGGAGGAAGGACGAGAUCUGACUAACCAAAUCCCUGCUCCUCUUCUUCUUCCUGCUGCUGCCGUUCAGAGAAACCCUGAAGAUGCAGGGGAAGGGAGGACGAGGAUGGCAGACAUGAAAAGAUGACUCGUAGCAGCGCUGUGUGUUUGUUGGAGGAUCUGAGCUCCUGUCGGCUUUAACCGGAUGGAUUCUGGCCCGGCCCGUUGGCAUGGAGAUGGAUGCGAGGCGCCUCAUCGCUGCUGCUAGCAGACGGCCAGCCUCUUGUUUCCAGCAGCUCUGAGCCUGGUCAGCAGCAGGUUCUGGGAAGAAAAACAUUCUUCUUCCUUUUUCCUCCUGCACUUUGGACCGUUCCUUAUCACAGUACGCACACAGACGCCGUCUGUCCUGAAGAAACUCUUCAUGUGCCUUCUCAGUCCUCCCCCCGAGGCCCCUUUGUCAUUCAUUUCUUUUGCAAGUUGUUCAUGAAUAAUGGAGAGAGCGGAGUCUCCUCUGGACUAGUGCCUUAAGGGUGGGAGGCAGACGGAGAACCACAGAAGAAGAAAGUUAGAAAGCUGACAAGGUGAUGGAGUGAAUGGAGGCUGAAGACGGGAUGAUCUCUAUGUCCAGAACAAACCUUUUGUUACCACGAUCUAGCAUAAACCAAUGAGACGGAGAGGAUUUUCAGUUUUUAUUUCCACCGAUCAGAAGGUGCUACUGAUCCUGACAGAGCCGAUGUCUGCAGCGGAAACUCUUUAAGCUUUUAGUUGACCUGAAAGAUGAAGACAGAGGACAGCUCUCUCUUCCGUUCAGGAUAACUUCGCUGUCUGACAGGAGAAGACUCUGUUAUGUGACUUCUCCCCACGGGGACGGACUUGUGGAAAAGUGCCUGAACUUUGAAGGUUUGUGAGUUAACUGGAAAACACACCUGGGCUGACAGCAGAAUCAUGGAUGACUCCAGUAUUUUAAGGCGAAGAGGUCUCCAGAAGGAGCUGAGCCUUCCCAGAAGAGGCAGUUUAAUCUGGUCGCCGGCUCAGCUGCGUUGCCACAGCAACAGCAGCCUCCUCCAACACCUGCUGUCCCCCACUUCCUUUUAUCCUUCUGUCAGUCAGCCCCCCGUAGUCACCCUCUGUCCCUCCUCUUCCUCCUCCUCUCCCUCCCUCUGUUCCUCCGAUGGCCCUCUUUCAGCCCCUGUUUACCAGCGAGGAAACCCCUUCCUCUGGAGCUGUCGAGCGAGCAACAGGAAGAGCCUGAUCGUGACGUCCAGCACCUCCCCCACCCUGCCGCGACCGCACUCACCUCUGCAUGGACACACAGGCACCAGCCCGUUGGACAGCCCUCGCAACUUCUCCCCCAACACGGCCGCACACUUCUCCUUCGUUCCAGCUCGCAGUCACGGACACAGAGCCGACAGGACGGAUGGCAGACGCUGGUCUCUGGCCUCCUUACCCUCCUCUGGAUAUGGAACCAACACUCCCAGCUCCACCGUCUCUUCCUCCUGUUCAUCUCAGGAGAAGCUGCACCAGCUGCCCUUCCAGCCCACGCCCGACGAGCUGCACUUCCUCACCAAACACUUCAGCUCGGAGAGCAUCACGGACGAGGAGGGCCGGCGCUCCCCCGCCAUGAGACCGCGCUCCCGCAGCCUCAGCCCUGGACGCUCACCUGUCUCCUUCGACCAUGAGAUUAUGAUGAUGAACCACGUCUACAAGGAGAGGUUCCCCAAGGCGACAGCUCAGAUGGAGGAGCGCCUGGCCGAGCUGCUCGCCUCCUCGGCCCCGGAUAAGGUCUGCCCGCUGGCCGACGGGGUCCUGAGCUUCAUCCACCACCAGCUGAUCGAGCUGUCCAGGGACUGCCUGGAGAAAAGCAGAGAGGACCUCAUCACCUCCCGCUACUUCUACGAGCUCCAGGAGAGUCUGGAGAAGCUGCUGCAGGACGCUCACGAGCGUUCGGAGAGCGUGGAGGUGACCUUCGUCACGCAACUCGUCAAGAAGCUGAUGAUCAUCAUCGCCCGGCCGGCGCGUCUGCUGGAGUGUCUGGAGUUUGAUCCCGAGGAGUUUUACCACUUGCUGGAAGCAGCAGAGGGUCAUGCCAAGGAAGGCCAGGGCAUCAAGUCCGACAUUCCCCGGUACAUCAUCAGCCAGCUCGGUCUCACCAGAGACCCUCUGGAAGAAAUGACCCAGCUGAGCAGCUACGACAGCGGGAACCCAGAAACCCCGGAGACCGAUGACUCCGUGGACAGUCGAGCUACUGCUCUACCGGCUGCACCCACACACACCAAAACCAAAACCCCUCGAGAGGAAGACUUUGAAAACAUAAAACUCAUCAGCAACGGAGCCUAUGGCGCCGUUUACCUCGUACGGCACAAGGAAACCAGGCAGCGAUUCGCCAUGAAGAAGAUCAACAAGCAGAACCUGAUCCUGAGGAACCAGAUCCAGCAAGCCUUCGUGGAGCGGGACAUCCUGACGUUCGCCGAGAACCCUUUUGUUGUCUCCAUGUUCUGUUCCUUCGAGACCAGGAGGCACCUGUGCAUGGUGAUGGAGUAUGUAGAGGGCGGAGACUGUGCCACGUUGCUGAAGAACAUCGGAGCUCUGCCCGUCGACAUGGCUCGCAUGUACUUCGCCGAGACCGUCCUGGCCUUGGAGUAUCUUCACAACUAUGGCAUCGUCCACAGAGACCUGAAACCUGACAAUCUUCUCAUCACAUCCAUGGGACACAUCAAGCUGACGGACUUCGGCCUGUCUAAGAUCGGCCUGAUGAGUCUCACCACCAACCUGUAUGAAGGACAUAUAGAGAAAGACACCAGGGAGUUCCUGGAUAAGCAGGUAUGCGGCACUCCGGAGUACAUUGCCCCGGAGGUGAUUCUGCGGCAGGGCUACGGAAAGCCGGUGGACUGGUGGGCGAUGGGAGUUAUCCUGUAUCAGUUCCUGGUGGGCUGCGCUCCUUUCUUUGGGGACACCACAGAGGAGCUGUUUGGUCAGGUGAUCAGUGAUGAGAUCAUCUGGCCGGAGGAGGACGAAGCUCUGCCUCUGGAGGCUCAGGACCUCAUCUCCAAGCUGCUCCGACAGAACCCUCUGGAAAGACUCGGCACAGGUGGAGCCUACGAGGUGAAGCAGCAUUUGUUCUUCACAGACCUGGACUGGAACAGCCUGCUGAGACAGAAAGCCGAGUUCAUCCCCCAGCUGGAGUCCGAGGACGACACCAGCUACUUCGACACUCGUUCGGAUCGGUACCACCAUGUGGACUCGGAGGAGGAAGACGACACCAUCGAUGACGAACACAUGGAGAUGAGACAGUUCUCCUCCUGCUCGCCUCGUUUCAGCAAGGUUUACAGCAGCAUGGAGCGUCUGUCUCUGCACGAGGAGAAGAGGACUCCUCCUCCCACCAAACGUAGCCUCAGUGAGGAGGGGGGAGACCGCCUGGACAGCCUGAGUGGACUCAAGUCCAGAGAUCGAUCCUGGCUGGUGGGAUCUCCAGAGAUCCUGCGGAAGCGCCUGUCGGUUUCAGAGUCUUCCCACACGGAGAGCGACUCCAGCCCUCCUCUGACGGUCAGGAGACGCUGCUGCUCCGCCAUCAUCGAGAUGCCGCGCUUUGCUAUCUCUGCUGAGGAGGAGGGAGGCCAAGGUGCAGCGGGAAACCGGAGGAGUCCUGGCCUUCUGGGGCCGAAUGCAGUGAGGGGCCCUCGCUGUGAGGAGCUGCCACUCGCCAUCCCAGAGCUCCCAGUAGAGAGAGAGCUGAAGCUGGACGAGUCUCCCACCACUCCCAGCUCCACCUGCAGCCAGCUGAGCAAGGCCACGCUGACACCGGGCAGCUCCGGCGACGUGUGCGAACGAGCUAAUGGCAGCACUGCCAGCAGCAUGGGUACCAAACCUGUCGUGGAGGGUGACUCUCCAUACGCUCCCAAGGCCAUAAGCGACCUGGCGGCCCGGCGGGCUCGCCAUCGUCUGCUGUCUGGAGAAGGGGACAAACACUCGACUCCGGGCUCCAGGCCGCUCAACAAGGUCAUCAAGUCAGCCUCAGCCACCACGCUGUCACUGAUGAUCCCAGCAGACCACCACGGAGCCUCGCCGUUAGCCAGCCCGAUGUCUCCUCACUCGCUGUCGUCCAAUCCAUCAUCUCGGGACUCGUCUCCAAGCCGUGAUCUUUCUCCGGCCGUGAGCAGCAUCAAACCGGCCAUCGUCAUCCACCGAGCAGGGAAGAAGUACGGCUUCACCCUGAGAGCCAUCCGGGUCUACAUGGGAGACACGGACAUCUACACCGUGCAUCACAUGGUCUGGCAUGUGGAAGAGGGGGGUCCGGCACAUGAGGCGGGCCUCAGGCAGGGUGACCUCAUCACCCACGUCAACGGCGAGCCAGUCCACGGUCUGGUCCACACGGAGGUGGUGGAGCUCAUACUGAAGAGCGGCGCCAAAGUGUCCAUCUCCGCCACCCCGUUUGAAAACACGUCCAUCAAAGUUGGCCCCGCCCGCAAGACGAGCCACAAAUCCAAGAUGGCGAGACGCAACAAGAAGUCCAAGAACAAGGAGGGUCAGGACAGUAAGAAGAGGACGCCACUGUUCAGGAAAAUCACCCGGCAGGUGUCUCUGCUGCACACCAGCCGCAGUCUGUCCUCUCUAAACCGGUCCCUCUCAUCGGGGGAGAGCGGCCCUGGAUCGCCCACACACAACCUGUCGCCACGGAGCCCGACGCAAGGCUACAGGUCCACGGCAGACUCUGCCCACUCAGUUGGAGGAAACUCAUCCCAGAGCAGCUCCCCCAGCUCCAGUGUUCCCAACUCUCCGGCGAGCUCGGGCCACAUCCGGCCCAGCUCCCUACACGGCCUUGCCCCGAAGCUCCAGCGCCAGUACCGCUCCCCUCGCCGGAAGUCUGCCAGCAACAUCCCGCUGUCACCCCUGGCUCGCACGCCGUCGCCCACACCUCAAAGCAGCUCCCCUCAGCGCUCCCCCUCACCGCUCCCCAGCCACGCCGUGGGUCAGUCCUUCCCUGUGAAGCUCCACUCCUCCCCACCACUGGUCAGGCAGAUUUCCCGGCCCAAGAGUGCUGAGCCACGACGCUCUCCGCUCCUCAAGAGGGUGCAGUCGGCCGAGAAGCUGGCCGCCUCUCUGUCCAACUCCCCUUCAUCUCCCGCUGGCAUGGGAGCGGCGGCAGAGAAGAAGCUGGUGGUGGGAACAACGGCGGGGAGCCGGAAACACAGUCUGGACAUUUCCCAUUCAGAGUUUAAGAAGGAGUCUCUGCAGAGAGAGCCCAGCUUACAAAGUCUGCAGGAGUCGGCCAGCGAGGGUCUGCUGUCUUCAGCAGGACGGGGUGUGGAGGUGGGCAGCCUGCAGACACACUCCUCCUCGUCCAGGAAGUUGGGACGUCAGGAGGGCGACGGCGCCCUUGGCUCGCUGGGCCUGGUUCCCGGGAAGAGCAAGCUGAAGGACAAGCUGUCCGCCAUCCGGCAGGACAGAGCCGAGCGGAGGGAGUCGCUGCAGAAGCAGGACGCCAUCCACGAGGUGGAUUCAUCCGAAGACGAAACGGACGAGGGCUCCGAGGACAGCCAGGACGGACGCAGGGGAACCACAUUCACCCCUCCUCCCCUGCUGAGGCCCACCACUGUGAGAACAGGUCCUGGGGGGACGCUGCCGUCCCUCUGCCUGUCCCCCUGCACCCCCCAUGCCACCUUCACCCACACAGGCCCCCCUCAGGUCGGCCGGCCCACCCCCUCACACCCAGAUCCGAAGCCGGGCCGGAGCUCCUCUUCAGCUGGGGGAGAAGACGUAAGUCCAGCCCCGUGCACACGGGAAGGAGCAGGACAAGAAAGGUUGGGUCCAGAACCGAGCGGGUCCUCUAAACCCGGUCAGGGUCCUCUUCCUUUCUCCACUCCGGGCAGUGCCUUCAUCUCAGUCAGCAAGGACACAUUUCUGAAGCCGAGUCCUCCACCAGAGUCCAGAACAGACCAGCAGACCCAAGAUGCCCCAAAAACCAUGACCCCCGUUGCCACGUGCACCUCACGUUCCCCUGACUGCAGAACCAGCACCAGUACCACCGACAGCCGAGAGCCUCCCCGUGCCUCCUGCUCGUCCCCGGGCCUCUCCAAGGAGAAGAAGGAGGCGGACAACCGGCGUCUCUGUGCAGGUCAGACCACAUCCCAGGCUCCGCCCACCGAGAGCGGCGUGGAAAGAGUGGUGUCACAGCUCGCGACCGUAGCAAAGAGCGUCCUGGGUCCGGUCAAGCUCGGCACCAAGGAGCAGAAAUCAUCCAGAGCCACUGACCCCGUCCCCUCCGAGACCCCACUGGAUACAACCAAGACGUCCACCCGGCGAGGCUCUGCAGCGCUGCCAUCCUGCCAGGACGACCCACAGCGGUCCGCUUCAGGGGCUGCAGCAGUCACCGCAAACCCCCCCACCUCUGCAGCAUCUGAGCCCCAGCAGCAGAGGCCCCUGACAGCCCCCACCACCGCCACCAUGUCUGCCACCACGUCUGCCUCCUCUCAGCAGAGCAAAGCAGCCGGCAGGAAGACGUAGCAGACGGAACCCCCGGCGCCGGUUCUGACCCACAAACUGCAUGUUUGGAACAAACUUUCACGCUAAUCAGACUGAAAUCAGUAGGAAGGUGUAGAGCCGACAGAUGUGGACGUCCUCGCUUCAUUCCAGCUGUUCUGUGUCUUCCUGUUGUUUAGCUUCCUGCUUUUAGUCCAGACUCCUCCAGGAAUCCUCUCUGUUCCUGUAAAACCACCAGGGGCUGCAAAUAAAAAGAGCGUUCCCCGUUCCUCCUCCCAACACAGUCCUGACCAUGGAGAGGUUUUACCUCAGCAAGAACGCAUCGUAGAAGGCGGCGUGUAUUCCCUCAGCUUUGACUGCAGGUUCUAUGUGGGAUGUCCACGUUCCAUCAGAGCUCCAGAAAACCUCCAUGGAAACCCCCAACCUGUCCAACAUUGUCAGAAAACUGCCACCUCCCAACCUUGGAGAAAAACCCAACUCUCUCCUAUCAGAAAUGAAAUGGCUUGCUGAUGGUUCUGGUUCCGACCCGCCAACCAGCCGGUGAUUCUUAACCACAACUAUAAAUUCUGAUAAUUCUGUGUCUCCAGGAUUAUCCAGCUGGUUUAAGCUGGUGUAGAAUUUCCUUCAUGCAUGUUGGACUUUAGACCUUUUCACCUUGAACUCAUCACCUUUCAGAUCUAGAACGGUGGUUCUGGUGGAGCUCGGCUCUUUUUGUUUGCAGCCCUACAGCCGGGCUGAACCGCCUUGUUUUGGACCAACUGGCUGUGUUCGAAUCCUGAAAGCAUCACUGUAUUGUGUGUGAUGGAGUGUGUUUGUGCACAUAUUUAAAGGUCUGUUGCAUCUGUUUUAUACCGUGUGUGUGUGGGGGGGGGGCGAAGCUUAUAUAAUAUGUUUUAUCUCAUUUGUCUCCGUUUAGAUGAAUCAGAGCAGCUGAGGCGUUCACUGACUGUCAGAAAUUUGUUCCGAUUUUUUGGUUUUGUAUCGUCUCCAUGGUGUUUUAUUUGGGCGGAGCUUGAAUCACAUUUUGAAGAACACACUUCCUGUUGGACUUCCUGUCAUCUCCAGGACGUUUGCUGAUCGAUCAUACGGAGCGCGCUCAGUGAGGACAGUCUGUGUUGUGUUUAAAUGCUGUUUGUUUUUCUGCAUUUUUAUUGUCAUUUAAAAAUCGGUCUGACAUCAGAACGUGGAGCGUUAACCAGUGAUAACCUACCAGCAUAAACCAGCGUUAACCAGUGUUAACCAGCGUAACCAGUGUUAACCAGCGUUAACAAGCACUAUUAAGUGUUAAAUAUUAAUGAUUAGUACUGACAUGCGUUAACAUGCGUUAACAUGUUCUAACGAGCCUAAACAAUGUUCGUUAACACGUUAGCACUUGUUAAUGAACAUUAACUACUGCUUCUGAGUGUUAAACGUAAACUAAUGUUAACAAGCAUUUUUGAGCGCUAACAAAUGCUAACGAUCGUUAACUGAUGUUAAUGAGUGUUAACAUGCGUUUAUGUGCUCUAACCAGUGCUAACAAGCAUAACGGUUAUUAACAAGCGCUAAUGAGAGUUAAUUAUUGGAAAGGUUAACAAGCGUUUCAGUGCCGAAUGUUUACAAGAGCUAAUGAACAGUAACUAGUUCUAUGAAUGUUAAAUGUUAAGUGUUUCCGCAGUUAACUUGCGUUUUAUGUGCGCUAACAAGUGCUAACGAGCCUUAACAGUUGUUAACAAGCAUUAACGAGCUAAUGAGAAUUAAAGUUAACAAAUGUAAAGCGUUUAGAGAGCAUUAAUGAGCGUUAACGUGUGCACAGACGACGUCUCCACGCUCGUUCGCAGCUGCAAAAGUUUGCAAAAGAUGCUCGCCCACAUUUCCUGCGUCUUUGUCCGGAAAACUGUGUCAAAUCAAAGCGUAGAGGUCGGAGCGAGAACCUCGAGCAGUCAUCAUUUCAUGUCUGUGUGAUCUAAAACCUUCUGAAAACUGAAUGUUUGACUCAAAAAGGGUGCCCCUAAAAUCCUGAGACUGGGUUCUUGUUGUGAGUAAAAACUCAUCUGAUCAGAGCUAUCACACACACACGGGCCAUGCUUUCCCAUCAUGCACCUCUGCUGAAUUGUAGUUUUCCUGAUCGGGCCAAAAAUAUUUUCAUAAAAACUUUUUUUUAAUCAGCAGUUUGUUCAACGAUCAUUAAAAUCUGGACGAACGUCCGUGUUGCGUUUAGGUGCUUUUAAAAAAUGCAGAAAUGUGAGUUUUGUUGAAGCUGAAAGUUUUAGAUAAAAAAAUAAUCAUUUUAAACUAAAUUAGUUAAAUUCCCUUUUUGUUCAGAUUCAUUCCGUUCGUAUGGACUCAUCAGAAUCUCCGAACGCUCGAGGAUCUCGUUUGUUUUUGGAUUUUCGUGUUUCUGAAACUGAGAAACUUCCUUCACUUCCAGCUCCGAGCUUCCGUCUAUGAAUUAAAAACGGAACUUUGGGAAUGAUGAGGAAGGAGGCGGAGCUUCGUCACGGCUGAACAUCGGUUAAAAAUGACGAGACGGGCAAAAAGAAGUGAAGACUUUUCUGGACAGACGAGGGCAGCGUUUCCCAGCUCUGUGUGUGUGUGUGUGUGUUGUGUGUUUGUCUUUAAGAGUGAGGAAGAGGAGGAGAAAGGUCACUGUAGGGUUUACGAUGAAGAAAACAUUGCUAGAAUAAAACCAGUGCAAUAUCUUUUUAUUUUUUAUUGUGGUCAAAGCAUGUUGUUGUCAAUCCUAACUUACAACAUCAAUAAAGUUUUUUAUCGACA